UGGAAACAUUCUAAAACCCCAUCGGAAUUAAAAUCUCUCUUGGCACUUGGCAGUUGCCAACGGAAACCCUACCACCGAAGUCGACCGCUAAACGCCAAGUUUUGUGGUAAUUUUAAUGGCGAUUACAGGUGAAAGCUCCUCUGCUAUGUCAAGAACCGAAAAUGACAAGCCAAUCAUUGUUAGGGUUAAACGCAAAGCAUCGCAGUUUUCGCUCGACGCUUUUUGGCUGGAAAUCAACGAGAGGCCUUUAAAGCGGGCGCUCUUUGAUUUUGAGAAGCUAUCAAUCUCUGAUUCAGUUGUGAUUGAGGAACCGAAAACAAAGAAAGUCCUGGUGCGCCAUGUGGAAACCGUUACUAGCUCUGAGGCCACUAUUGAUGUUUUGGAACAAUUUGUGAAAACUUCCCGUGAUGCAACUGAAGGUAAGAACAAGAGUGAAGAAAGAAGGCUAACUUUCAAAAAGGAUAAUAGACAAGACCAGCUUUUGUCUAAAGCCAGACAACAACAGAAGGUAUUGGCAGAACAUGCUCGUUUUGAGCAAAUAUGGCGGAUCAGAAAGGGAAACAAAGAUAUGAUGCAGGAUAAAGCUCUUGAUGAAAUGUAUCGUUUUUAUGAUGUUGUUCGUGUCGAUGUUGAGGAAAGGUCAAAACAAACUCAAGCACAAGAAGUUACAUCUUUAGAGGAUCAAAGAAUCUUGCAGAGUUACCUGCCUCUCCUGAGAGAGUUUAUACCAAGUGCAGCUGAAGAGAUUGAAUCUGAUAUUCAUGCUCACAUUUCUGGACAAGAUAAUUAUGUAUAUGACUAUUAUACUGUGAAGGAGGAGAUGAAUGUAGACAGUGAUGAUGCUUCACAUGCAUUCCCUCUGGUACAAGUUGAGGAUGAGGAUUUCUACGAUGGGCCUGAUGACUCGGAAUAUGACAGUGAGGAUUCAAACGCUGAGGAUAAUCCAAGAAAUGAUUAUCCAGAGGAGAUAUCUGAAGAUGAAGAAGAUGAGGAAGGGGAAGAAGAGGAAGAGGAAGAGGAAGAGGAGGAGGACGACAAAAAAGGGGAGCAGGAAAGUGAAGCCUUGGAUGAAUCGGAAGAUGGGAGUUUUGGGUGUACAUAUUCAGACUAUGAUGGUUUGGUAUUUGAAGAUGGAAUGAACGACGAUUACUCUGAUGUUUGGUAUGAUCGUGAUGUUGAUGAUUAUGACGGUGGUGAAGGUGAAUAUUGGUGAUAGUCUAAGGAAGUGGAUAUGUUUCUGACCUAUGAAAUGUUAGUGAUGACCUCUUGUAAAUUGCUGUCUAGAGGUGCUCAUGCUGAACUACAGAUUCAUCACGAUGUAUCAUGGUUGCUUUGUGUACAUUCUGAAGGUUUAGAUGAAUAUUUUCCAUUGUUCAUUCUUCGUCAAGUGAGUCAUUUUCUUAGAUGAAUCACUUA